AUGAGAGUCGCCAUCCGGGAGCAGCUCGCCGCGCUUGUCCUUUUCGCCGUCCUGCUUUCCCUCGCCAUCAUCUCCAUCCCGACAUGGAUCUUUGUCCACAACUUCGUCGUCGGCGUCGAGUCCGACGGCCUGGCAUUGACAGCAAUGCUCAAGGCCUCUGAGAUUGCGUCCGAGCUGGAGCUGGGCCAGACCAUCUGCUCGACCAUCGCCAGCCGCAUCCUGCUGCAGCAGGCCUUCGCCGACUUCUAUAACCAAAACUCGUCCAGUCCCUUUGCAAAAGCCCGUGCCGAUCUGGAGAGCGCAAUGGGCGUCAAGGGGGGCAUCAACGGCGUGCUGCAGGCCCGGCUCUACUCCCGAAACACCACCGGCGGCGAUCAUGGCGGCCUUCUGAGCGUCACUGGUGCCGGCGUGGGCAAUGCGACAGAUAACAUUGUGCUCCCUUACCUGGCGCCCGACGGCUCCCGGGUCAACCUCAGCGAUACCGAGUACGGCUACCCCCUGUCGCUCUACCCCAACAUCACAUACACAAGUCUCGGAUACCCAAACCCGUAUGUCCCGUCAACGCCGGCGUUUGGUGCCUAUGCCUUCCCCAAUGUCAACCUCAGCACCGGCGGCGGCCUUGUGCUGGGCCCCCUGGUCAUCAACGAAACCUUCGCCCUCAUCUCUCUCACCAUCCCCGUCAGGUCCUACGCCAUCUCGGGCUUCAUCCUUGGGUACAUGACGUUGGUUCUCGCCGCGGGCUCGUUGUCCGACAUUCAAUCGUCGCCUGAAGGCUUGGGCUCAACCGGCAUCGUCCUCCUUGUUGGGCCAGCCAACCCUUCAAAUCGCUUCAACGUGUCCCAGCCAGCCAGCAACGAUACGUAUUCGCCUACGCAGCCCAGCUUCAGAAACACCCCUGUUCGUUUCGUCAUCCCCCCAGUACCUAAGGAUGGGCAGCCCGAUCGGCAUUCUAGAAGGAAUUAUAUGGACGGCAACUGGUAUGCACGUCCGUUCCCAUUAUAUCAGUUCCCGAGCUUGACAAAAGUCUACACCCGCAAACUGUCACCGUUGAACAACUCCACAGUCGACCUAUCAACGACCAAUGAGCAGGGCGUCCCCGUGGCCGUGGGUGUCGCCCGUCCGGCCACAACCCUCGUCAACUGGGCCGUUGUGGUGGAAAAGGCCAAGAGCGAGGCCUAUGAGCCCAUUGACAAGCUGAGAGAUAUCCUCCUGGGGUGUGUCUUUGGGACAGCUGGUCUUGUCGCAAUUCUCAUCUUUCCUUGCGCACACCUCAGCGUCAUGUCUAUCCGCCGGCUCAAGUCUGCCACGGAGAAAUCCAUCAACCCUCCUGGAUACGAUGACGAAUUUGAUGAUGCAUUUGACGAGGAAAACCCAAGCUCGGGAGCUACCAGCUCCAAGCGAUCCGAUCGAGGAUUCUUUGCUACCAUCUGGCGGAGGAUAUUCAGGGAGAAAAAGAUCAUCCCCAUUUCCGAAGCCGAUGCUCACCGACACGUCUUCAAGAUUCCUGGGAGAGUCGAGGUCGGGAAACACUAUAUUACCGACGAGUUGACGGAGCUUACCGAUACAUUCAACAGCAUGACAGACGAGCUGUUGAAACAAUACACAUCUUUAGAAGAAAAGGUUCAAGAGAGAACGAGGGAGUUGGAAGUUAGUAAGAGAGCGGCCGAAGCUGCCAACGAGAGCAAGACGCUCUUCAUCGCCAAUAUUUCUCACGAAUUAAAAACACCCCUGAAUGGCAUCAUGGGCAUGUGCGCUGUUUGCAUGGAAGAAGACGACAUUGUACGAAUAAAGCAGUCCCUCAAAACACUCUAUAGAUCAGGUGACCUCCUGCUACAUCUUCUAGAAGAUCUUCUUAGUUUCUCCAAGAACCAAAUUGGCCAGCACAUUAGCCUCGAGGAGAGAGAGUUUCGGUUGGGCGACAUCAAGUCACAAAUGUUGUCCAUCUUCGACAAGCAGGUGCGCGAGAGCGACAUCACAUUCACCGUGAGCCUUCUCAGCACCGAAAACACAGAGCUAGAUGAGAUUUUCGACUCAGAAAAGAGACUGCCCGCCCUUGGCCCCGACGGCAUGGGUCGACUGAAAGAUGUCUAUGUCUGGGGUGACCAGCAUAGAAUUCUGCAGGUCAUGAUUAAUCUCGUCAACAACAGUCUAAAGUUCACUCCCGCCGGCGGCAAAGUAGAUUUGCGAAUCCGGUGCAUUUCCGAGGUUGAGCAGCCGAAUAAUGACAAUAGCCGGACCUCAUCUUUGUCUAAAAGUGGUUCAACACGAGUUGGGCGAAGCCGGCAUAGAGGCAGUACGGGAUCUAGCCGAUCUACCAAUUCUAGAACAACGAAUGCUUCUGCAACGCUCAGGAACGGCACUGCUCUCUCAAUCAAUCCCAUGGAUCCCAAGGCCACUCCCCAUGUUCGCGUCCGAGAGAGGUCACCGACACCGCCGCCGCCAAACGCGAAGCCCUACAUAUUUGAAUUUGAGGUGGAAGAUACAGGCCCUGGUAUCCCUGAGCAUAUGCAAGACAAGAUUUUUGAACCGUUUGUUCAAGGUGAUCUUGGCUUGAACAGGAAGUUUGGGGGAACUGGCCUGGGACUGAGCAUCUGCUCGCAGUUGGCCAAGCUGAUGGGCGGAUCAGUUACUCUGAAGAGCACUGUGGGUGUCGGAUCAACGUUUACGAUGCAAAUUCCCCUCAAGUUUGUCAAGGACCGCCCGCCGAGUACAGCUUCCAGCAGCACGAAUUCGAGACCAACCAGCGUUAGAUCUACGGCUGGUGACCAUGCCCGAAAUCCCAUGAAUUCCAUGAACUCCAUGAAUGGAUCGGCAUCGCCUCUGCAAGACCCCAAAUCUAAGAGCACCCCGGCUCUGCUAGACAACAAACUGCCCCGUCUCGUGGGCCUCAGCGCGCCGUUUUUCGCAAAGUCUACAUCCGCUCCAAGCAAGGAGGAUCAGACCGCGGCCAUUGACAAGGCAAUGGCGAACAAGACGGGCAAGGGUAAACUUCGCGUGUUGGUUGCCGACGAUAAUGCAACCAAUGUCGAGGUGGUGAGUAGGAUGCUCAAGCUCGAAGAAGUUUACGACGUUGCCAUUGCCAAGGACGGCCAGGAGGCUUACGAGUUGGUCAAAGCCAGCAUGGAGAAGAACCAGCGCUUUGAUGUAAUAUUUAUGGACAUUCAGAUGCCAAACGUCGACGGCUUACAAUCGACUCGACUUAUUCGCAAGAUGGGCUACGUGGCCCCCAUCGUUGCGCUUACCGCUUUCUCCGAAGAGAGCAAUGUAAAAGAGUGUAUAGAAUCAGGCAUGGACGAGUUUUUGAGCAAACCCAUCAGGCGGCCAGCCCUGAAGAAGGUGCUCAAGAAGUUCGUCACGAUUCCAGAAGAACCCGAGACAACUGGCUCGAUGAAAGAAAAGGGAUCCAACCACACGUAUACGAUGAAUGGGACAAACGGAACAAACGGGAUAAAUGGGAAAAUAAGGGAAUAA